GAAAUGAGGGGAAUAUAUUUCAGAUUGAUGAGGAAACAGGAAACAUCACCAUGACGAAGGCUGCUGACAUUGUGGGCCCGAUAAUCCUCACCGUUCUGGCGUCCCAGGUGACCAACAGGGACCAGUUUGCGGUGACUCAGGUGGCCAUCGAGGUGAUGAAGAAGAGCAGGAACGCCCCCCGCUUUGAGAAGGAGCGAUACGAGGGAUUCAUCUACAGCAACUCCUACGAGGUCCAGUACAGCAGCUACGUCAACGUGACGGCCGACGGCUUCGUGGUUCUGAAGAGAGUCGUGAAGACGGAGUCGUUCGCCCUGCAGGACACGCUGGCCGGCUCCUCCUCGGACGAGCCCUUCUUCACCUCGGUGGCGUCCAUCACGGUGCAGGUGCGGGACGUGGACAACCGGCCCCCCUGGUUCCAGCCCUGCCAGAGGUCCAGCCUGGGGCUGGCCAAGCUUUAUCCCUGGUUACCAAUGGUUACCUCUGGUUACCACUGGUUACCCCAGAAGAAGUCUGAUGAGCUGCUUUUAACUAAACCAAAGUCACCAAUAGAUGCUGGUUGUGAGGGGGUGACUAACCUGUCUGACCCACAGGAGGGGCCCCUGGUGCUGGAGCCCGGCCCCGUCUACGCCAAGGACGGAGACAGGAACCGGAGCGAGCAGAUCAGCUACAGAAUCCUGAGA